AUGUCUACAGCAGUUAGUGCAUUCCGUUGGCUUGAUAUUCUUGAAAAAGAAUUUGAUAAAUCAUUUGUCGAUCUUGACUUAUUACUUGGUGAUAUUGAUCAAGAUCAAUCGGAUAUAACUGAUGAAGGUCGAGCUAAAAUGACUGUAUUGAGUUCAUGUUUCGCUCAACUAGCACAUAAAGCACAAACUAUUUCACAAACUAAUGCUAAAUUAGAAGCCCAAUUAAUUGAUAUUCGGACAGAACUGAUAGAUGCUAAAGCUGAUCGACAAGCAUUAGAACAACAGUCGAAAGAUAUAAUGCUUCAAUUGCAUGCCAUACAAUUAGAAUGUCAAACGUUAAAAAAUCCAAGUGAAAUUGAAGGUGCUGAUACAAUAAGAAAAAAAUUGGAAGAACAAAUAUCUAAGCAGCGAGAAGAAUUCAAACAAAAUGUCACAGCUGAAAUAAAAGCACAAGAAUUCGAAAAAGAAAACACUUCACUAAAAGCACAAAUUGUUAAUCUUCAAUCUGAAAUAUAUGGUUCGCGUUUAGCUGCAAAAUAUCUUGAUAAAGAAUUAGCUGGAAGAAUCCAACAAAUCCAAUUACUUGGCCGUGAUUUACGGGGAGCUGAUCAUGAAAAUUUAUGGAAUCAACUUGAAGCUGAAAUACAUUUACAUCGUCAUAAAACUGUUAUACGUGCAUGUCGUGGGCGAGAUAAAGUUAAUAAACCUUCAACGGUACCACCAGGACAUGAUUUUAAUACUUUGAAAAAAAGUCAUGGCGUAGGAGAAAUUCGCACCAUUGAACUUCAUAAAGAUGCUAAAGAAGCAUUGGGAAUAUCCAUAACAGGUGGUAAAGAACAUGGUCUACCUAUUCUGAUCUCGGAAAUUCAUGACGAUGGUCCAGCAUGGCGUUGUGGAAAACUCUACGUAGGAGAUUCAAUAUUAGCUGUGAAUAAACAAGAUUUACGUGAUGUGAAUCACAGAGAAGCUGUUCAAAUCUUAUCAUCUGUUAAAGGAGAUAUAACAUUGACCGUUGUUUUUGUUGCACCAGAUGAUAGCGACGAUGAAGAUCUAUCAAAUUGUGAUCCUGAAAAUCAUUUAAAAUAUAAAUUUAUUAGCGAAGAAACUGGAAAUAAUCAUCGUAUUGAACCGAAACGUUCUUCAUCAAGUGACAUUGAGUCAAUUCAGCGUAUUAAAGAGCUAUCUGUAUCGAAUGGAAAUCAAAGAAAACAUAUUUUGGAGCAAAUAGAUGGAGCUGAUACAGUCAGUAUUGAUAGUUAUCCAAGAGAUAGCCCAUCAGUGAUCGACAGAUAUCUUAAACAUACACAACAAUAUUUACCAGUUAAACGUACCGACUCCAAAGAGUGA